CGCCGCUGCACUUGUUUGCGCGGCCACACCUGAGAGCACAGCGAGCAGCCCCGCACGAACCUCCCGCUUCGAAAGCAGCCCCCUUCUUUUUUUAAAAAAAAAAAAAAUUAUUAUUAUUAUUUAUUUAUUAAGCGUGACACCAGAGUCACCAAAUUGUGUGCCCUGAGACCGAGAAAAAUCACAAAAAUGUUGCCGUUCAGAAGAACUUUCGAGAACGAAAAACUGCAGCUGCAGGAGCUGAACCACAGACUAGGUCAGUAUCUGUCGAGGGUGAAGCAGCUGGAGCAGGAAAACUCCGUCCUUAUAGCGGAGAUAAACGCGACUCGACACGCCAGGGGGGCCGAGUGGGAAAAGCAGUACAAGGCCGAAGUGCGAGAGCUGCGGAGCGCCGUGGGUCAGCUCGCUUUAGACAUGUCCAAGGCGGAGGUGCAGCGGGACAAGUUACGGCGGGAGGCGCAGCUGCUCGAGGCGCUUCUGCGCCAGGAGUCGGGGCUGCGCAGAGACAUCGAUGGGGAGCUCGGCGGCUGCAAGGCGCAGCUCCAGCAGUCCCACGUGGACAACGUCGCCUUGGAAGAGCGGCUGCUUGCGCUGGAGAACGAGUACGUGCGUCUGGAAGACGAGCACGGGCACGAGAUGGCGCGUCUCCGGGAAGCGCUGCUUUUCCGCGGAGCUCCCGCCGCGCUCGCCCCAGGGCCAAGCUGCCACGCUCUGCCGGCGGUCACGGUGGAGGAGGUGGAGCGCUACGCGCUCGGCCUCUCCGACAGCUGCGCGGAGACGUUUGAGAUGUACUGCAGGAGGGUCCAAGAGCUGGAGGAGUGCGUGCGAGCGGAUGAGGCGAAGCUGCAGGAGCUCGAGCGAGAGAAGAUGCGGUACGCCGCCGAGCUCGAGGAGCUGCGCUGCCGGGCCGAGCAGGAAAGCCGAGCGCAGCCGCGCCUGGAGGAGCAGCUCGCGAGUCUGCGGGAGCGCGCCGAAGUGGAGCUCGAGCACUACCAGGUGAUGAUAGAGGAGCUGGAGCAGGAGCGUAUAUUGUUGGCUAAUGCUAUUGCAGAAAAGCUGAAGGAACACCAGGAGCUCAUGCAGGUCAAGAUAGGUUUGGCCUUGGAAGUAGCUACUUACAGAGCACUACUGGAAGGAGAGCAAAAAGACAUAUACCUCCAAAUAGAUCGAUAUGCUGGAGAAGCACCAAGAAAGAUAGGCUCAUCAGUAACCAGACAAGAAAGAAGAAAGUUCUACCCAGUAAACACAGGUUUUGAGAGCAGAUACAUGGAACAAACAACAAGGGUGAAAACCACACCUGUAUCAACUCAGUUUACAUCUUCUGCUGUCUCAAGAGCACUCCCUGUUACAGUGCCUGGUAGGGAUUAUCGAAGUCCUCCAAACAGAAGAGACAUGCUUGCAUUCAGUAAAUCAGAAGUUGCUACUAGCUCUGUAAAACCAGACAGUUCUGACAUCAGAAAGAAUACAGUGGAAGAAAAGGUUGUAAGAAUUAAAGAAAUGUCACAAAAUUCAUUUAAGAAAGGUGUUGCAAAUAAAUUAAGCCCUAUUUCUUCACCCACAUUGGACCAGAAAGAAAUAAAUGUAGAGGAGUCAAACAAGAAAUAUGUUAGAGUUGUGUCACCGCCAAUGAUGAGUUUAAAUGCAAAAUCGGAGGAAGAGAGUGAACAGAAGGUCUUAGCUGGCAAGGUUACAUUUAAGAAAGAAGCUGAUAUGAAAGUCGCUGGGAAACAAGGAGAAAUUCCAGCUAUGGCAAAGCUGGAGAACGUGCAAGGCUUUCAAAAUGUUACAGAAGUAACCAAAGAUCACCUUGCAAAGAAAGAACCACAAUAUGAUGCUUCAGAUUACUCACAGGUUAAAGAUAAGUCAGACAGAGAAACAAAAGCAUUAACAAGAGAAGACAAGAUUGUUGAAAUGGUUUGCCUGGAAGAAAUAAUUGAAAAAGUUAUGAAGCCUGCAGGUUUAGACACAAAACUUAGCACCUCACCAGACUCAAAGGUUGUCUUCCAUGUUGAAAAAACGGAAGAGGAGGAUGGUACAGCUAGGACACAGAUCAUCUUAGAGUCAAAGGUAGAGGAAGAUCUAGAUGUCUCAGAUGACUCUGUUUUGGACGAACUUCUUAGUAAAGGAGUCAAGAAGGUUACCCUAGAGGAUAUCAAAGGAACCCCUACAGGAAGCAUGAUUGAAAGUCUGCUUUCUUUCGGGCUAGAAAAAGGGGAUGGCUUGGAAAGCAAGUCAGUUAAUGUUGAGAUCAUUGAGGAACCCUUAGAAGCUUACAGUGAUGAAGAAAGUGAUGUCAAGCCAAAGUCAGUGCACUUUCAGCCUUCUUCAAAAUAUGUCAAAAUUGAAGAGCUGGACAAUGAUCCUCAAACAGCUGUCCACUUUGGACACAGCGCUGGGGUAUUGAAGACUUCAACUGAAUCUGGCAAAUACAGAAAAGAUGAAUCUGUACAAAUGCAGGAAAGUCCAAAAGAUUCACCAUACUUCACCCAGAUUCAAGAAACAGAAUAUUUUGUGUCCACACCAGAUGAUGCAUCAGAGCCAGAAGAAAGUAGUUUGUCAUCUUAUGGACAUUAUAGAGUGGUAGAUGACUUGUCCGAUGAAAAAUAUUAUCAACCAGAAUCAUCUUUCGACCAAAGGUUUGAAGAACUUGAUAGUUACAAAGGUGCAGCUAAAAUUACAGAUAUGACAAGUGAACAUGCAUUUAGUGAGCACAGAUAUCCAGAAUGCAUUAUUGAGGAAGAAAUUCAAGUUUAUCCCACAGUGCAAAAGUCGAUUCUUGAGCAAUUGCAAGAAGAGACAAAGGACCCACAGCAGCAGUUGACAGGAGUUCUGAAGCAGGUCCAAGGAGAAGUGAGUGGGACGUUAAAGGAAGAGUUAUCUUUUUUCACUAGAAAUGAUCAAGAAUCCUCUGACAAACUGGCUGUGGAUAUUAAAAAAGUGCAGCAGGGUUCAGACAAUAAAACAAUGACCAUUGUUGCAGAGGUUAAUGUUUCCCAAACUCUGGAAGAUCCUAGGCUGUUGAAGGAGCAGGGUAUGUCUGAAGAGCAGGUAAUUCAGUAUGAUGACCCUGACCUUGAGCACAUCAGCAGUCGUGGAGCCAGUAUUUCAGUUGGUGGAAUGCAGGAAGGAUAUACAGUUAAAGUUUCGAAGGAUCAGAGUAUGAAAGUUCAGGGUAUGCCUUGGGUUUCUGGUAACAAAGGACAGGGAGUAGGUUCAGUGAACGAGGUCAACAAAUUGAAGACCCAUGUGGAGGUUGGUCCACCUGAGAAGUCUUUCGGUUUCCGUUCAGAUGUCAGUACGAGUGGCAUCGAAGAAGGCCAAGCCUCCUAUUCACAAACACGGAGAAGUGAAGAAACCAGUGGAAUAGAGAUGACUGAAGAUGUAUACAGCUACGUACAGAGCGGAACUGCGGGUGAACACAAGGGUGAAGCAUUCAGCCAGAGUCUAGAUGAGGGUAAAAUGGGGAAAUGGGAAGACUAUACUAAAGCCCCUGUUGAGUUUGGCCAUGUAUUAAAAAUCCAAAUAACUCAGCCCCAGAUAAAGACAAGUCAGGAAAAAAAUGUGUAUUUUGAAAAUCCUGAUGAAGAUUAGUUAAGAUGGUUGUAUUCACUUAACAUUUACUUAACAGAAAUCCAGUCAAAGGAAAUUUAAUAGACAAUGCAGUUUAGGUUGCGAAGUAUUACAAAAGAGUGUACUUGUCUCAUUUAAUGGACAAAUUCUCUGUUAAGUGGCCAAGUAAGCAUGUAGCAACUAGCAGAGGUUUAUACACACACACAAUGGGCUGUUGGUAGUAUUAUGUGUGUUAUGGGUAGGGUCGUGAGCUUGCAUUUCAGGGUCUCCAGUUCAGUUCUUCUUCUGCUGUACUAUUCAUGAACAAGCUAAGAUAAAUUAAUCUAGAAGAAAAAUAGCUGUAAUGACGUUUAUCUAAUACUGUGUGUCAUUUUGGGCUAAAGUGUCUUCGUUAGAAAAUAUAAUAAUGAGUGAACAGCUGAGGAAAUCUGGGCAAAAUUUGCUCAGUGUUCUCUCUACUUUCCUAGAACAUUUUUCGUUUCUGUGAUUAUUUACCGUGUGUGUGUGUUUUUUUUUUUAUUUAAAAAAAAAUUUAAAUCAAUUUUGGCCUUUAAGAGUGAAGUACACAAGUGACAUAGAAAAGCUAAAAUUAAAACGAAAAUCUGUCAUCAGUGUGCAGUUGUAAGUUAUAAAGCACACGUAAUGAGGAAAGAUGAGCACAGAUGCAUUUAUAAGUUUGUACAGUGUACAAACUUUGCCGAAACAAGGUAAAGAUUGAAAAUUUGCUGGAGGCACUGUUGGUGUUCUGAAGUUAAGCGGAAAUGCAUGUGAAAGAAAAUGCAAAUGGAGUGGGAUACAAAUCUAGCUUGUCACUUUCACCGUCACUUACAAACCGACUCGUCUGCUGGUUCAGCUCUCAGCGGACUCCGCUUUUUUCUUCCAGCAGUAGUCACUUGUUAGACGUUACGUUAUCAUUUUUUUAAAUAUUUGAAAGGCAAAUACAUUUGUUUUAUAUCGAUAAUGAUAUGAUUAUCAUCGAGAUGCAAUUGUGUGUUUCACAGUUACUAUUGUAUUGAAGAAUGUCUUAUUUUUCUGAAUUUGGGCUGAACACAGGCAACAUUUUGGCAGUCUAGAAAUGCAUUGCAGUUCUCUUCAUUUAAAUUAAUGAAAAUAGUGUGCAAUUAAUAGAGAUUUGCUUAAUGUGCAGUCUCCAUGGAGCAAAUUGUGUUCGUUAAACUGUUGAGUAUACAGUGCUUAAAUGAAUUUUAAGUCAUGUUCCAGUAACGAUACAGUAUGUUUAACACAAAAUAUAUACUGUAUCCGAUUGACAGUUGAACGUCUUCCUUUAUGAUAUAUUUUGUUUUUCGUUGAGCAGUUUUACAAGUAAUGGUGUAACCAUCACUUUUUGUUGUGCUUUUUUGAGAACUUCUCUUGCAGCAAAGCAUUUGCUUUUUUUGCAGGUGCUCGUAAGGGGAAGUUCAUGCUUAUCGCAUCUGGGAAAUUUAACAUUUACCAGGACAUAUCAGUACUUUGCACACUUCUUAAACAUUUGACCAUUUAAUGUCAAAGUAUUUUUUUUCUUUUCAAACACAGCAUGCUUCUUUCUGUGGCUGAAAUGCAGGAUCUGGACAAAAACACCUAACAAUAUAUGUAUUAAUACCAAAGACCUUAUAAGGAUUAGGGCCCCCUUUGCCUUAACUUGAGCUUUGUGAACCUGACAAUGCACAGUCUAUGUUGAGAUUGGGUCACAGGGAUGCUGACUCAAUUCUGUGGUAAUUUCUGAGGCUCUACUUUUGUGACUUUUAGUAAUUAUCCUGUGAAGUGUCCAUCUAUCCCUGCGAGAUCCCUUUUAGCUGAGAACGCUCAUCCUCUUUGCCGAUACAAUUUGUCAGUGUUCGGCAUAAGCUGUCAGUAUUUUUGAACUCUUCCUCUUGACACACUAAAUAAUUUUGGAGUUCUUGUGCCCAGUGCACAUGCAAUUUGAACACUGACUGUGUUCUCUGGAAUCCUAUUAGUUGCCUCAUGCUGCUUUGAAAAGUCAAUUGUUUUACCCCAUACCUCUUAAAUUUGUGAAAUUGUAGGUAUUUCGGUCUGUGUGAGACAUUUAUUGCAACUGGUAGAGUAUCUUGUUUUGCACAAAAUUUUGCCUCUUUAUAGCUUUUUCGGGGGUGUGGUGGUUCAGCGGGUUUGGCCUGUGCCUGCUCUCUGGUGGGUUUGGGGUUCGAGUCCCGCUUGGGGUGCCAUC